AGCCAAGCCAACUACUGAGACAUUCGCUUGAAAGUGGAGCCCUUCAGAUGUCUGACGUCUGGUCGAGCUCGAUGUGGGCGUCAGAAUCGAGGGACGUUUUAUUUGAGAUGAUAAUCAAAACACUGGACCGAACCUGCCUCAUUAAAGUUAUCGGUCGAGCCGACAAAGCCAUGUUGAUGUACAAUUAUAUCCAGGGUAUGAUUGCAGCCUCAGAUACGGGGGGGACUAUAAACUUGAAGAUCCUUGGGCAAAAAGAAGCCUGAUGUAGUAUUAGCAGUUUAUCAUAUUGAAAUCGCAUAUGUUUUCACUGAUGUAUUUUAUCUUUCUUUUGAUCUCAUAGUCUGACACAGAUAUUCUGUUUAUGGCCUUAUUGUAUUCGACCGAGUUACGAUGACUGUUUACUUGACCAAGGAGAUAUGCAUGAUACGGAACCAAACCCCACGGCAGUGAUCCACUAUUUUUCCGUAACAUGGCGAAGUGAUUGGCAAUCUGUCGUUCGUGUUCUAUUCUUUUUCCAUCAGAUUCUGACAGAGAGCCAUUACUUUCUCAUACUAUCGAGGGCACAUUGUGAACUAGCGUAACCAUGAUAAUGAACCAUUGUCUUCCAAUCUUAUGCAUAGGUUUGCCCUCGGAUUUUUCCCAUGUCAGAAUCCUAAAAGCUUAACUGUUCGGCGAUUUGAAGUUCGCCCAGACACAUGGAUUGCUCCCAUUGUAACUUAUGGGUCACAACCUCCCCCAUGCUAUCAGGGUUUACCGGAUAUUCUAUAGGCUAUCGAAUACGGGAGCGAAUGGACGAUAUGUUUGGUGAUAUCGUAGCCUCCGACGGUGUUCAGUUCGAAGCGGCUUAAGUCGAGGG